GCGGCGAAUCCAAAGGGCACUGCGGGCUGGCGGCGGAAGAGCAGAAGCCCACCGGCCGCAGACAUGGAGGGGCCGGAAGCCGGGGUGCGAGCCCCAGCGCUAGAGGCGCUGGCCAAGCUGGCAGACAUCGUGGAGCCCAUCGGCCGGCAAGAAGAGGCAGAGCUGCCGGCCCAGAUCCUGGCGGAGUUUGUGAUGGACUCCCGGAAGAAGGACAAGCUGCUCUGCAGUCAGCUUCAGGUAGUAGACUUCCUGCAGAACUUCUUGGCUCAGGAGGACGUUGUCCAGAGACUAGAUCCCUUGGCUUCUGAAGACACCAGCCGGCAGAAGGCACUUGCAGCCAAGGAGCAGUGGAAAGAGCUGAAGGCCUCCUACCAGGAGCAUGUGGAAGCCAUCACAGGUGCCCUGACCCAGGCUUUGCCCACGAUGGUGGAGGCCCAGAGGAAGCGGGCGCAGCUCCUCGGAGCCCUGGAAGAGCUCCAGGCCAAGAAGCGAGUGGCCACGGAGAGACUGAGAACAGCCCAGAAACAGUGGCAGCUGCAACAGGAGAAGCAUCUGCAGCAUCUGGCAGAAGCCUCUGCAGAGGUGAGGCAGCGGCAGAGAGGAGCUCAGCAGGAGCUUGUGCAACUGUCUCAGGAGCUUGGAAGUCUGCAACAGCAGGCGGGGCAGAAGAGGGACACACUUCACAGGCACCAGACCUUCCUCCAGCUGUUAUACACUCUGCAGGGGCAGCUGCCGUUUCCCGAGGCAGAGACAAAGCUGCCACAGAUGCUGGAUCUUUCUAAGGAUAAGCCCCAAAAACAGAACCCUGGGGAUACCAUAGGGGAAGACAGGAGUAUGCCAUCCAAGGCUGAUGGCCCACAGCCUGCUGGAGAUCCGAGCUCACCUGGGCUUCCUGAGGGACAACAACAUGGGAAAGGAACCUAGAGCAGGUCAGACUCUAGACUCUGGUGUCCCUGGACUGCAGACUCUGAAGAGCAUGUGCAACUUCGUGUUUGGAGACUCUGUUGUUGGUGAUGACUGAGACGCCACUUUGUGUGUCAUUAUCAACAUGAGAAAGGCAAGUUCAGUCCCCAAAAUACACACACAUAAACCAGGCAGAGAGCAUGUAGAUUGGACGGAGGAAGGAAUUACACUGCUCUUCUCAGCUCCAGAUCCUGCCGCUCACCACUGGCACUCUUAGCUCCUCUGUCCAGGAACAUGCAUAACUUCCAUCCCCAGGUGAACGCCCAGCAGUGCCUUCAUACAAAAGGACUUAGUAAAUAUUCACUGGCUUAUGUUCAGGGAAGAUUUCCCAGAGAGCUGCCUCUUGAGCUCAAUUUCAAACAAAUUGUCCAGAGGCUGAUUUCAUCAUUUGUUGAAUGUCAACUAUGUGCUGAACAUAAGUUUAGAGAAUUAAAAAAAAAAAAAAAGAAAGAAAAAAGAUGAUAAAGACAAUGUGAGUUUAAAUUUGAAGACAGGGAGGAUGACUCUGUUAAGAAACUAAUUCCCCAGGUACCGGGGUGGCUCAGUCAGUUAAGCUCUGCCUUCAGCUUAGGGUCUUGGGAUGGAGUCCCAUGUUGGGCUCUCUGCUCAGCAGGGAGUCUGGUUUUCCCUCUCUCUCUCUUUAAAGUAAAUAAAUAAAAUCUUCAAAAAAAAAUAGGUAGAAUACACUGAUCACAAUUAUGAGCAAGUGUAUGUUACACUCGCCAGAGCCAUCACACAAGCAUUUCAGUAACACUAGCAUUCCUGGAUGGUGAUAGUUACCCAUCAGAACAGUGUGUACCAACUAGAAACUGAUGAACUGCCUUUCCCACGGCUCACUGCUUUUUGGUGUGUGAGUCGCUGAAAGCUCGUGACUUCCUGAGAAUGUUGGAAAGCAUUUACAACAACCCAGAAUUAUUGUGCCUGAGUAAUAUUCUGCUUAUCAAGGUUUUAGGGCCGAACACUAACUGCUUGGUGGGGAGCCUGCUUCCCCCUCUCUCUGCCUGCCUCAGUGCCUACUUGUGAUCUUUCUCUCUCUGUCAAAUAAAUGAAUGAAAUCUUAAAAAAAAAAA